AUGUGCAAUCAUUGCUACUUGCUCACUCCAAGAGUACAUCCCAACUCCAACACACAUUCCAACACCAACGGACAUCCCAACACCAACACAUAUCCCAAUACAAACACACAUCCCAAUAAAACAUACAUUCCAACACCUGCAGACAUCUUAAUGCCAACACUCAUCCCAAUGCCAACAGGCAUCCCAACACCAACAGAAAUCCCAAUUCUAUACGGACAUCCCAAUGCCAACAAGCAUCACAGCACUAACAGACAUCCCAGCACUAACAUACAUCCUAAAGCCAACAUAAAUCCAAACCCCAACACACAACUGAAAAGCCAACAUAACUCCCAAUGCCAACACACAUCCCAACACUCAUCUCAACGCUAA